GCGUAGGGGGGCGGGGGACCGCUCGCUUGCUCGCAAGAUGGCGGACGAGGACGGGGAAGGGAUUCACCCCUCAGCCCCGCACCGGAAUGGAGGCGGCGGCGGGGGGUCUGGGCUCCACUGCGCCGGGAACGGUGGCGGGGGAGGCGGCGGCCCGCGGGUCGUGCGCAUUGUCAAGUCCGAAUCCGGCUACGGCUUCAACGUGCGGGGCCAAGUGAGCGAGGGCGGGCAACUGCGGAGCAUCAACGGGGAGCUGUACGCGCCGCUGCAGCAUGUGAGCGCCGUGCUGCCCGGGGGGGCGGCCGACCGGGCCGGGGUGCGCAAAGGGGACCGCAUCCUGGAGGUGAACGGCGUGAAUGUUGAGGGGGCGACACACAAGCAGGUGGUGGACCUGAUCCGAGCAGGCGAGAAGGAAUUGAUCUUGACAGUGUUGUCUGUACCUCCUCAUGAGGCUGAUAACCUAGAUCCCAGUGACGACUCCUUGGGACAAUCAUUUUAUGAUUACACAGAAAAGCAAGCAGUGCCCAUAUCGGUCCCCACAUACAAACAUGUGGAGCAGAAUGGUGAGAAGUUUGUGGUAUACAAUGUUUACAUGGCUGGGAGGCAGCUGUGUUCUAAGCGGUACCGGGAGUUUGCCAUACUGCACCAAAACCUGAAGAGAGAAUUUGCCAACUUUACAUUUCCUCGACUUCCAGGAAAGUGGCCAUUCUCAUUAUCAGAACAACAGUUGGAUGCCCGGCGUCGCGGCUUGGAAGAAUAUCUAGAAAAGGUGUGUUCAAUCCGAGUCAUUGGUGAGAGUGACAUCAUGCAGGAAUUCCUGUCUGAGUCUGAUGAGAAUUACAAUGGUGUGUCUGAUGUAGAACUGAGAGUAGCACUACCGGAUGGAACAACGGUUACUGUCAGAGUUAAAAAGAACAGUACUACAGACCAAGUGUACCAGGCUAUUGCAGCAAAGGUUGGCAUGGACAGUACAACAGUGAAUUACUUUGCCUUAUUUGAAGUGAUCAAUCAUUCCUUUGUACGUAAACUGGCACCUAACGAAUUUCCUCAUAAACUCUACGUCCAGAACUAUACAUCAGCUGUGCCAGGCACUUGCCUGACCAUUCGCAAGUGGCUCUUUACAACAGAAGAAGAAGUCCUCUUAAAUGACAAUGACCUUGCUGUUACGUACUUCUUUCAUCAGGCUGUUGAUGAUGUAAAGAAAGGUUACAUUAAAGCAGAAGAGAAGUCUUACCAGUUACAGAAGCUGUAUGAACAAAGGAAGAUGGUCAUGUACCUCAACAUGCUAAGGACCUGCGAGGGCUACAAUGAAAUCAUCUUCCCUCACUGUGCCUGUGACUCCAGGAGGAAGGGGCAUGUUAUCACAGCCAUCAGCAUCACGCACUUUAAACUUCAUGCAUGCACUGAAGAAGGGCAGCUGGAGAACCAGGUAAUAGCGUUUGAAUGGGAUGAGAUGCAGCGAUGGGACACAGAUGAAGAAGGAAUGGCCUUCUGUUUUGAAUAUGCUCGAGGAGAGAAGAAGCCUCGAUGGGUUAAAAUCUUCACACCAUAUUUCAAUUACAUGCAUGAAUGCUUUGAGAGGGUGUUCUGCGAGCUCAAGUGGAGAAAAGAGGAAUAUUAGUUAGAGACUGAUUAUCCAAUGUGAGCCAGGACAUUCUCCCAGCGAGGCUGGCCUCUGGAUGGUGAAUGGGCUAUGCAAAAAAAGCCCUGCUUCUCCCCUUGUGUAGAGGGUGGACACUGGCUGCAGGCUCUCCCGUCUCUCAUGACUUCAUGGACCCUCUUCUGCCUGUUUGUUUGAUUUUUGUUGUUGUUGUUGCUGCUGCUGUUGUUGUUGUUUGUUUGAUUUUUUUAAUCAAUAACUCUCCAUGCUGUUCCUGACCCAGGAGAGCGCCUGUCCAGAGUUUUAGCCAUCUGACUGGAUAAGUCACAGUAGUGUCUUUCUUCACUAACCAAGAAAAUAAAUGUGGGAGAAAUUUUUUGCUACUGUUGUUUAUAGGUGUCAGUGCUGGAGCAGAAUUUAGAAAACUGUCUAAAUACUUGGCUACUUACUCUGAAAGAAAAAUCAGAAAAUGAAGAAGUAUAGUCAGUCACGUGGAAGUUGGUGUUCUUGCUCUAGUAGAAAGAACCCUGGGCUCUGGAAGUCAUCUGGGAUUUCUCCUGCUUCUUUUGUCUAUGAUUUUGGGCAUAGCAGCCACCUUUUUAGAUCUGAAUUGUCUCUUUUAUAAAAGAGGAAGACUGAGCCAGGUGGUAAAUAUUCAGAGUCCUCUGUGAUGUGAGCGGCUGUGUUGGGUUGGGAUUGUGGAAUCCGGUUGUCAGCCGAGUGUGCUGCUCCCAUUGUGUCGGAGGCCCUGCUGCUCCUCAGUAACUCUUCUUUUUUUUUCCUUUCAGAAUAUUUUCCAGAUGGCGAGGUCACAGCAGAGGGAUGUGGCCACCUAGCCUUUCCUCAUCCCUUUAUCUUCUCUUUGCCCUCAGCCUCUUAGCGUUUUCGUCUCCCAUGUCAGACAGUAACCAUUAACACAAAAGAAGAAAAAAAGGAAAAAAAAAGUCACUAUGUCCCAAAGUCCUAAGCUAAAUAUUAUUAAUAACUUCCUGUGAAUUUCCCGUCUCUGGAACUGAGCUGGUAGAGAGCAGGUUGAUAGUGCCAGAAGUCCACUGAGAUCAGACACACAAGCCCAGCCAACUCGCCAAAGUCAUCUUUGUCGUUUGACCCGGGCCUCAUACCAACAGACUCUCCUUGUACUAUAUUUUUAAAACUGGAACUAUGAACUCCAUCCAUUUGCACUGUUCAAGCAUAUAUAUGUAUGUAUGUAUGUAAAAAUUAUAUAUACACAAAUUAGCUGCACGUAUAUACAUAUAUAUUUCUUUUUAAAUUUCAUAUUGAUGGCAGUACCUUUUUUAGCUUGUGUUUUUACACACCUUUCACGGAAUUCAUGACCUCUCUCUUGCUCUCUUUAUUUUGAAACAAACUUUAAAAAGGAAAAAAAAAUACAGGGAAAAUACCUCUCCUCAUGAAGGACUCGAAAAGUUUACAACCUGCUUGGGUUUUCUUCCCUUUUUUGUAUUGAGUACAGUUUCUGGCUGUUGGUUUGCCAGAGAGUCUGAGGAUCGAGGAGUGUAGUGUCCUUAUCUUCAAGAGGGUGCUGAGGAGGAGAAAGGCCGUUUCUCAAGAGCAGUUGAGGCUGCAGGGAGUCUAAAGACCUAGAGUCUCGAUUCCAAGUCAUUUUCCAAGCCAUGGUCCAUCGAUCGAUGUGGAGUCCGUCCUCCAUCUCCUUCCUGUUUCUUUAGGGUCUUUUAUUAUGCUUCCUUUUAACUGACCCAAAACAGUUCAGGGUAAUCUGAGGAAGUUGUUACAGUAGGAAACUUUUUCUUCUGCAACAGGGGUCGUAUCAGGACUAACCCUGACAUCAGAGGCACAGAGGUUGGACAGAUGGAGGAAAGGGAGGAUGGAAGCUGUGCCUCAUAUUUAUAAGGGCCUUACCUCUUCCAUUCCUGUCCAGUAACCAUCGGUUUUACAUCCUCUGUGAGUUCUUUAAACAGUUGUAUGUGGAGGGAGUGUCUUGGGUAAACAGAGUCUGGGUCGCUGCCAACCAAGUCAGAGCCCUGUUCAUGGCAGCUGAGGGCCCGAGAAGUGGGAGUAUGGUCAAUUUUAGUUCACCACCACCAUUUACUUCAGAGGAGACUGAAGAGAAAUCUCUUAAAGAGUUCUUUACCUGGAGCUGGGGCUGGUCCCAGGGCUGAGGCUGGGGCCAGGAGUGUUUGCCUAGCCUGCAUAAAGCCCUCAAUUCCAUCCCCGGCACCACAUAAAAUUUGGAUGUUGGGGUAUUGUAGCACACACCUGUAAUCUCAGCACGUGGGAGGGGAAUGCAGGAAACUCAGAAUUUUCAAGUCCACCUCUCAAAAGUAGAAGAGUCCCUUACCUGCUACUGCACUUAGACCUCCUAGGACCUAAAAGCAACAUUUGGGACAGAGGCCAGGCUGGCCCUAGAGUAAUAGUCUCAAACCUUGAGUGUAAAGAACUCUGAGGUUAGGUACAACUAAAACAUCUUUGGAACUCUUUACCUACUUUUCCUUCGAUAUUGAACCCUCCACAGGCUUCGUCUUUGGCUUUAUGUAGCUGAAAGGCAGCCAGAAUUGGAUGUAGUCGGCAGUGUUGGAUUUGGUUUAAAGUUUCUUUCAUGCCUUGGUUUUGCAGAGCAUUCAUUAUGAGGCUACUUUUCUGUCUCCAUUAUUCUGGCAGCCACUUGUCCCAGGAAGGUGUGAACACACCUUUUAGGACAGUCUAUCCCUCCCCUCUCCAAACCCGUGGGACCACAAAGUACAAAAUAUAGUAGUGUUUAAAGUUGAAAAGGGCAAUACCUGAUUUGGAGGCUUUAAUCAGGAUCAGCUCUCCCUCUUGGCUUUAAUAAUGAGUCUGAGUACCUUAAGAGGGAGUGAGUUGAUUUCCUCUCCAAGAUGCUCUGGAAGCCAGCUGUGUUCAAACUGUAAAAAUGGCAACAUUGCAGCUAAUUCCCUCAGGAAGAGAGCCUUCCAGAAUAGAGACAGGGCUUUGGAAGUCCUGAAGAGUCAGCCCCAAAUGUGUUGGGGUUAACAGAAUCUGUGGGAACAUCCUACUUUAGGUAGUCUUAGUACCAGAACACCCAGCUGCAGCAGGGAGCCGGGAAGAGGAAGCUCCCAGGGGCUCCCAGUGGGGCUGCAGUCCUGGAAGAGGAGGUCACAGUGGCCUAGAGGCCCACAGGAUCAAGUUCUUUUGCAUGAAGCAGUGUUAGAUGUAACUACUCCCUCCCCCAAGCCCCUACACUUCCUUUCUCUAAUCCCUUCUAUGUUUCUUAGACCUGGCUUCUGCCUAGGAAGGCAUCUACAGUUUUUUGGGCAGUUUGUCUCUGGGGAAGGGACUUCCCCUCCCGGCUUCACUCCAGCAGAAUCUUCCUGGUCUCCAACUGUUGUUUCCUCCAUGUGGAGUUUCUGUUCUCUGAUACUAAAACUCAAGCGAUCUUGACGGAGCAGGAAACUACUUAGUCCCUGAGAAGCCAGGUGCUCUAGGAAGCUUUGCUUGGGCAGUGCUUUGAGCUUGCCGCUCUUUGUACUUUUAUUCUGGUCUCCGUCUCUCUGCCUUCCCCUUGCCCUUGCGGAGGCCUCAGCUCGGCACAGCUACAGUCAGUGUUCAGGGCAGUUCCCAGGCCUUGACAGAGCUCUCAGGGAGGAACAAGGUAAAUGCUCUAGCAUCCUCUUGCCUGGCCCAUUUAAUUUUAUCCUUUAGUUACCUGGGCCAGUAGCUUUGAAUUAUCCCUUCAUUGCUCCAAACCCGAUGCCUGAAGCAGCAAAAUAGGGCACUGAUAAGAGGGAGCACCUCUCUCGCCUUAGAAUUUCCAGCUUAAGGGCCAGCUCCUAGAAAGCAGUCUUCUUAAAGGGACCUACAUGCAUUGGAGUUGAGUUGAAGUCUCCAGGAAUGGAGGUCCUUUCUGCCCUCCUGUCCAUUCUGCUGGCUUCAGCACACUGCUGCUCCUUCACCAGUUGGAUUGGUUGCUUUAAUUUCUUUUUGGAGGAGCAGCAGUGUGGCUGAAUACUUAGCGCCAGCGGGAGGGAGAAUGCUUCUUUAGUCCUCCGUCUUGGAUUCUUCUUCAUCUAACCCUCAGCAUAUCUGCCAGGCCUCCUUUACCUGGAUAACAGCAGCUUCUUUCUCAGCAGUAACUGAGGGUGCAUGGAAAUCAGGCUCUGGGGAGGAGCGACACAAGAGGGACUGAUCCUGGUAGGAGCACUUGGUUAGCUGCUGACCAUGAGUGCCAACUUGUUAUCAUGCCCCCUUGUAAGCUGCUGAGCUGGGCUUCAGUUUUUCCCAGGCCAUGCACACUUAUAAUUUAUUUGAGAGAAACUAAUUGUAUUUUCACUGCAGUAUCUUGUACUUUUAUUUGUGAUUUACAAAAUGUGAAGAGAAAAUGCAGAGACCCACUGGCUCCAGUGUUUCUCCAGCCCCUGCUCUAGAGCUAACCACUCUAAGAUUGUUUGGUAAUGUUACUUAGUGUAAUUAAUUGUAACAUAUUCUUUUAAAUAAAUUGAUUUAUUGAUGAAACAA